AUGUUGACUGAUUUAUCUAAUAGAUAUCUUUAUAAAUACCCAUGUGCAAAAGGAACUGCUAUUAAUGUCAUUCGUGAAGUUGGAUCAAGUUUAGAAAUUGAUCUUGAAGAUGGAGAUAUUAAAGAAAAAAUGGAUUCUAUCGAUUCAACUAAUAGAAUUAUCUCCUGUAGUUUAAUACUACUGCUUAUAGCCUUUGAAAAUGAAAGAAAUCUGAAGAAAAAAUUAUUGAAUUUUCUAAGAAACUUUAUGCAAGAAUCGAAGGCAAUAUGGCCAAAUAUUUCGGAUUAUACUCAAUUUGUUUAUAAAAGUUUCAACAAUUUAGUCAAUUUCGUAGUGGAAAAUAUGGUUAAAGAUAUUAAAAAAUUUUUUUUUAGUGAUGAAUUGGACUUAGUUAGCAUCCAAAAAAAUCAAUUAUUAAUUGAGAAAUACACAAGCGCAGUUCAAUUCGUCCUUAACAACCUAUUUGAGAUGUUGCUUUCAUCUGCAGGAGUUAACAACAGACUGACAAUGCGCUCGGAUUAUGUGUUGCCAAUAUUAUUUGAAGGAAUAUGUCAUUUAGACUCGGAAUUCAAAAGAAUAUUAAUUUAUAUACUUCAUAUUCAAACUUCAGAUUUCAAUAAUCAAAUAAAACUCUUGAUCAAUGAAACCAAUAUGAAAAGAACGAUAAAUUGUUGUGUUGAAAUUGAUCAGCAAUUACUACUAUGCAUAAUUUCUAUUUUAAACCGAAUUUCCAGUAUCGUAAUAUGCUGUAGUAAUUCAUUUAGUAGUUUAAUCAAUUAUAUAAGAAUUCUUUUUAAAACCAAUAUUUUAGAUGAGCUUGAACCUGGGAAAGUUCCAAAAAAAGUAAUUCAUACUAUUUUUUUCAGAAUAUUGUGUUCAAAUACACUUGAAAAGUUUAACAAAGAUUUAAUAACGUCAAUUGGAAUGUUCUCGUCAUUAUUAUAUAUUAGUGAGCAAAUUACUCAAGAGGGAAGUACAACAAAUGAUUUAUAUUUGAAUAAGAUGAAUAAAAUUGUGGAAAAUGUUCAAGAACAUGUUGAAAAAUGGGAAUUUUCCAAUGUUUGUCAAAUAGCAUUUUAUAGAGGAUUAACUGUCUACUGCUCAAUGAUAAAUGAUAUUGAAAGACUUAAUAAUCAGAUUUGUGAUUAUAAAAUAUUUAAAAUAUCAUUUCGUGUACUCGCAUAUUUAAUAAAUAAUUGUAAGUCAGAGGAAGACUCAGCAUAUGGAUUACAAUCACUUCUCAUUUGGAUUUCAAGAUUUAAAUCUGAAAUUUCAAACUCAAAUAAAAUCUUGAUAAAAACGUCCAUUCCCUGUUUUAAUUUAAUAACCAUUUCAGAUAUUCUUUUUUCAUUUUUAGAUCAGCCAAUUAUUUACUGUUCUAAAUUGGCUAGUCAAAUUUUGGAGGAAUUUGUUGACUAUUUAUUAGUUUUAGAUUCGAUUUUUGAAAGAGAAACAAUUGAGGAAAUAAAUUUGGAUCCAUUGAAUUGGUUUAUGAACUUUUUAUUUAAUAAUAAUUCGAAUAAUAGCAAAUUUCAACUUUUAUCAUUAUAUAUACUUUUUAAUGGAAUAUUGAAUCAUUCAAAAAGUGGCAAAUUCAAAGAACAAUCUUACAAAUUAAACAAAGUUAUAAAUUUAAGCUUAGACCGUCUAGAAUUUUCUAAAUUAGAUGGUGAUUUUAUGGAAAUUCAGCUUAUAUACUAUUUGGCAUAUUCACUUUCAAUAAAUAAUAUAUCUUCUUCAUCACAUAAUUUAAUUUUGGCUUGGUUCAACCUUAGAAGGGUUUUACUGGAAGAAAAAAAUACCAAUGAAUCAAAAGAUAACCUAUUUUUGGACUUUAUCUUCUUUUUCUCAAUUCAAAUCAUCAAAAGAGAUAUUGUUAAUGGUCAUUUUGAUAAAAAAGAAGUAAUAAAUUCCGAAGGGAAGUCGAAUAUGUUCUCUAAAUUGCUGCAAAUUUUAAAAAAAGCGGAUAGAAAGUACUAUUACGAAAAACUACCUCUAAUAUUCGAUAGUUUUUUUGAAGGGAUCUCUAAUAUAGACCAUUCAUAUUGCAUGGGACUUAACUUUAUUCAGAUACAAAUACUGGUAGAUCUGAAAAGAAACGGAUUUCUAUUUUGGGAAGAUGAGUUGGAAGUUGGAGAUCAUUUAAUUAACAGUUUGAGUUUGUUAGUUAUAUUUAAUAACUCCACAAAAACCCCAAAUUGCAGAAUUCAUGGUAGUUACCUAAUUAAGUCUCUAACUUCAAACGAUUCCAUUUCUUUAUCUCAUAUUUUAGAGCUAUUAUCGCUUUCGAUAAAAUCUUCAGAAAUAAAAAAGUUUUCAUCUGUAAGUAAGUAUUUAUUACACGAAAUGGAAUGUCUAUACAUUAUUAUUUGCAAUGUCAAGCCAUUAAAUAUUUGCUCGGGGGUACUUUCACGUACCAUUUCAAUUUUUGGGCAAUUUUUUGUGUUAAUUAAGAAAAUAUUACUGAGAAAGGAUAUUUCUCUUGUUUUUAAAGAUAAAUACAGUGCAUGGAUAAGUAAAAUAUUUAAUUACUUACGAACUUCUAUUGGGCUUCAGGUUUCUAGUGAUAAAGUCGGUUUAUAUUUACCUAUAUUUCGCAUUUUUUUAGAAACUUUUUACUGUGAAGAUUUAAAUGGAAAUUUAUUUGAACAUAAUUUGAAUUUAAAAAAAAACAUUUUUAAAUCAGUAAUGCUGAGUUUACAUUCUCAAUUAUUCUCACCAUCAAAUGAAUGCAGGAAUUUAGUCUCUGAUUUAUUGUUUUUUAAUCCAAAAUUUGAUUUAAUACUUGAUGAGUUUCAUUCCGAUAUUAUUGAGACUCGAAACCUGCACUCUUUUAAUCCUGCUUUAAUGAUAAUAAAAAAAUUAUUUAAAAAAAUUCGUCCGAGAGAGUAUUUUGCUUCCAAUAUUUUAUUUUACUACUAUCUGAGAAAAAUAUAUAAUAACCUAGAAGAUCAGAGAGAAAGUUUAAUCAUACUAUUUAAAAGUUUAUUCAACCUUCUAAACUUUGAAAUUAACGAAAAAUUGGACAAUAUAUACUUUUUGAUUAGUGAGAUAAUAUUUUGGGAGUUAAUUAGAAGGAUCCAAGAUUUCUGCUCCAGUGAUUUAGAUGUUAAUAUAUUGAUAUUUGGAAGUAACAAUAUUCCAUUACAAAGUGUUAUAAAUCUACUUGGAAUAUCUUUUAUUACGGAGUUUAUAUAUAAUUCGGCAAAUAAUUAUAAACCAUUAUGUGAUAAUUCCCUAAAAAUCGUUUAUUUGUCUACCCUAUUGUUAUUUAUUUUAUCCGACUCUAAAAUGGUUAAAAGCUAUUUAAAUAAAUUUUAUAGUGAAUCAAAUGAGAAAAUAAAUUUCUCAGAUGGACAAUUUGAUAAAGAGUCUUUAAAUUACAACUCUUCAAGAAUUAUUGAUGAAGUUUCUAACUUAAUGAAAACCAUUUUAUCAAGAAUUGGUGUUAGUUCAAUUUUUUACACUUCGCAUAAACAAUUAAGUUUAAUUCCUGGCUAUUUUAAAACGUUUAAUUUAUACUUAAAUUCAUUUAUAGAGCAUCUGAAUAUCGUAUUUAUCUCUAAAAUAAACUAUAACUUUAUUUAUAAGUUGUGCAUAAUUUAUAUUAAUUUGAUAUUUAAAUGCGAACAUCCAGGUGAUUCUGAAAAUUUAUUAGAGAUAUUUUCCGCAAUACUGAAUACAGCUAACUUAAACUUACGUGAAUCCCGUCUUGAAAAGCAAUCAGAAACCAGGAUUUGUAAUUUACCUUCAACGAAAAUAGGAAUAUCACUUAAUAUUGAAACUGCCCAAACUUUCAAUGAUUUUAUUUUAAAUAAAUCACAUUAUAAUCCGAAUAUAUCAAAAACUUCAAACUCAGCAGAUAGCAAGAGUCUCCCGACCAAAAAACUAUCAGAUGAGUUACCAAAAAAUCUGCUUUUGCAUAUUAUUUAUUCACUCUUACCAUUGGAUGGCCCCAAAGCUGAAUACAAUAUAAUGGAGUUUAUCGAUCAGGGUAUUGGCGAUUUUAUUGUAGAUUACGAACAAAUUGACAAUAUUUUUUUUCAGUUUUUAGAGGGUAACACAAAGUAUAGACGCGAUAACAGUGAAUUUAUUGCAAGUUCUUCAUCUGAUAUCGAUACCCUAUUUUCAUUUGGCAGAAAUUCAACUAGAAAUCUAGGAAAAUUAUAUAUUCCUUCUCCUAAAAGGAAGUCAAAUAAUCUUUGUAAAACGAUUAAUAUUCUGGUAUCAAUUAUGAUCAAGGACUCAAAAUUUCACAAAUCAAUUAAAUAUGUGAUUAAAUUACUAAUAAUAGCUAGUUUAAAUAUUAAAAUAUUUCAUGGAGUUAUAAAUAAAAUAGAUUAUGACCCUGAUGACAUUAUAUUUCAGUAUUAUACAUGUAUUAUUCAUUCCAAUCAUAUUCUGGCAGCACUAAUUUCUAAAUCAAAAAGUGGUGGUGGAGGAAAUAAUCUUUACGAAAUUUUUGAUUUGGGUUUGCUCAUUGGGUCUUUAUUUUCAGCAUUAAAUAAUAUCAAAAUGUAUGAUUUCAAAGUUAAAGACGAAAAUGGAUUUAAUUUAUGUAACUCCUCUCUAAACUUAAUGUCUGCGCUUUUAAAAAGGUUUAGCUUUAAAGCAAAUGGAAUAGAAAGUAAUAUUGAAUAUAUUAGUAAAAUGAAUAAUCAAUUCAAAAUUUUAAAUAGUGAAUUCACAAUUUCUACUGAACACGAUCAGUUGUCCAUUUUCUUUAAUAAUGUAUUCAAAGAUGUCUUAUCAAUCACCUUAAAUAAGAAAUUUAAUUCAAACUAUCUUUAUUCUUUGAUCUCUGACAUGAAUAUUUCUACUCGUUUUUCACUUAAAUCCAUUAAAAAAAUUUCAGUAAUAUUCGAGCAAUGUAUUAUUGACAUUUUACUAAAUUCUACUGAUUCACAGUUUCAAGGAAUGAUUUUACUCUUACUUACUGAAUUAUGUAUAUCAUGGUCAGAUUGCUCCUAUGAAUUGGCAAUUUGCAUAAUUAAAUCAAUUUACUCAGAUUCAUAUUUUGUCAGAAUGCAUUCUUCAAAGUUGUUAGGAGAAAUUACUUUGAGAACAUUAAGUAUCACUGAUUGGAAUUUAAACCAACAGAGUAAAAUUUUAAAUACAAAUUUAGAUCAAUCCCUAUUUGAGAUAUUAAUCAAUAUUUCAAACAGUAAAUAUUCUAAAUUAUUUUCUUUACUAAAUCUAAUUUUUCAAUCUAUAAAAUUUUCAAUUCAUAAUUCUGAUAUAAAUAAAUAUAAUUUAAUUCAUGGAGUACUGAGUUUAGGAAUUGAGCUGUUAAAAAAAAUCAAAAAAAAAUCCAGUUUGGCUUCUUUUGAAAUUGAAAGCUGUUCAAUUUACGAGAGUUUAUUGGUUUUAGUUGGAGAUGGAUUCAAAAAUUCUUUUAAACACUCAUUAUUAAGAAUAACAUCAUUGAAACUAAUUAGUUUGCUACUUGAACUCGAAUUCCCUGUAAAUGAAAAGUUUAAGUGCUUAGAAAAUCUUAUUUAUUAUUGGAAAAAUGAUAAGUCAAUAUCAAAUAUUUCUUAUUUGAAAUUUCAUAAUUUAAAAGAACCAUUUAUAUCCAUUAGGCAACCAAAGAGUUUUGCCAAUGAAAACCUCUCUGAACCUAUAUAUUUAAUUAAAACAAUUGUAGUUAACGCUUUCAAGUAUAUUGAUUCUGAGGAAUUGAACUCUUUGAUUUGCUUAUCUCCAACUUCAGAGAAAAUUAUUCAUCCGAAAAUUUUAUUUGAAUUCUAUUCAUCAAUAACUGAUAUUAUAUAUAAUUUACCAGAAGUAAAUGAACAUAAUUUCGUUCAUGCAUUCUUUACUUCAAUUAAUAACCAUUUAAAAACCAUAAGAUAUCUAUUUUUGUUGAAUAAUGAAACACAAACAAUUAACGUGAAAAUAACAAAUAGAAAAAAAACAAUACUAAUAGAUUUAGUUAAAGUACUGAUUGGAUGUUUAUCUUUUAUUGGUUUUAACAAGAACUUAUCUCAUGCCUUUUUGAAUAACAAACAAUCUUGCUCAAUUUUAGAGUCUGUUCUUGAGCUAAUAACUUUUAAUCAGGAGCUUUCAGAAUAUAGAAGCUAUGAAAGUUUAGUUACGAAUAUAAAGAACAUAACUGAUUUUAAUUUUAUAAAUAAAAUUAAUAAUUUCUAUAUAGAAAAUCAAACAUCAAUGUUGGAGCUUUCGAUUUUUUUUGUAAGGUUUUAUAAAAAUAUGGUUAAGCAUUACAGUAUUCCACAUAUUAUCAUAUUUGAACUUGAAAAAAUAGUUUUUGACAAUGCCUUAAAGGUGGUUUACAAAAAUGUGUAUGAUCAGCCUCAAACAACGCUUGAAAAAAAAUACUUGAUAUGCAAAAUCAUACAGAUUAUUUUUGAAUCUCUGGAAAUUGAGCUCUUUUCAGAGUCAAAAAUGGAAAAAAAUGAUAGAAUUAAAAAACUAACGUAUGCAAAAAUUGAUAUCAAUGAUACUAAUAAAAGUAAUAUUCUUUCUUUAUUAUGUUUAAAUCACGAUUAUUGGUACAACUUGAUGAUUUGUUUAGUUUAUCUUAUGACUGAUGAAGCUUUUCAAAUUGAGAAUACAACCACUUCUAUUUUCAAGUCGUUUGAACACGUUAUUAGAUAUUUCUGCAAUAAUUUUCUGCAAACAAAUGGAAUUCUUUGCGACUGCAAAUUAAACUAUUUAGGCAACUACAGCAAUAUAAUCGAAGAAAUUAUUUUACUUAAUGACCAAGACUCUUGUUUAUUUUCAGUAUUAAUUUUAGAUGCAAUAUUUUCAAAUAUAGAGAGUAUAAAAAGUAAAAAUAGCUCAGUACUUUUCCCAAUGGAAAUUGAUAACAUAUGUAAUGAAUAUUUAAAUAUUUCCCAGAUAGCAACUAAUCAAAUUUUUAUGUACCUUGCCAAAAUGAAUCAAAUCACCUUACAUCUCGAUAAAAUUUCUAAAAUUGAAAGCUAUUUUAAACUUUGGGAAGAACAAGUAAAAAAUGAAUUUAAUCUAUUUGAAAGAGUUUAUAAUUGUAUUAGAGAUUGUCCAAAAGAACUAUUAUGUAUUGAACUUUUUGGAAGCAUUUUAAUUGAUGAAAUAAAGAUUUUAUUUUUUAUAUUAUCAAUUAAAAAGCUGAGUAUAAUUAUUAGAUAUAAAAAUGCUAAUAACGGGGGAAAAAUAUUUGAAAAUAGCACUUUUGAUAUCAGUUUAUUUGAAGAAUAUAUUGAUUUUUUGUUAUCAAAUGUUCAUGAAAAAAAAAUUGAGCAUUCGUUAACCAUCAUUUGA